GGAGUUAAAAUUGCGGACGGCAGAGAUGCGGCGGAAGGAAGCAACGCCAGAGCAAGCACGGAGAAGACGACGGACAUGGCUGAAGAGAAAAGAGAAAUGGCUGGUAUCACUGGGCGUAGUUCUCCACGCCGUUUACAUGCUCAGCAUCUUUGACAUCUACUUCAAGUCCCACAUUGUCCACGGCAUGGAUCUCGUCAGCCCCCGCUUCUCCGCUCCCGCAAAGCGCCUCGUUUUGCUCGUCGCUGAUGGGCUGCGAGCCGACAAAUUCUUCGAGUCGGAUUCCGACGGGAACUUCAGAGCGCCGUUUUUGAGAAGUGUUAUGAGAGAGAAAGGUCGGUGGGGAGUGUCGCACGCUCGUCCUCCAACGGAGUCGAGGCCUGGACAUGUUGCUAUCAUUGCUGGGUUCUAUGAGGAUCCCAGUGCUGUUAUGAAAGGUUGAAUCUUUUUUUUUAAUUUUUUAAAUUUUUUCAGCAUUUAUACAGAUGAAAUUUGGCUUCCUGAAGAAACCCAAUUCGUGUUUUCAGGGUGGAAAGCUAACCCUGUUGAAUUCGAUUCAGUUUUUCUUAUGGUAGUCCGGAUAUAGUUCCGAUUUUCUGUGCUGCAUUGCCUCACACCACCCGGAAUAGUUA